CAGAAGAUUGUGUUAAUGAGUGAGGCAUUCAUGCCAGCCAGUGUAGAGGGAGCAACAUUAAAGGAGUACAAGCCUGUGUUCAUAGUAGGCACAAUUGAUAAAGUAAAAGAUAGGUUGAAUGCAAGUAAGGGAGAAAAGCAUGAAGCUGUUCUUAGAGCAGAUUUGGAUACAGAGGUGACAAGGUUGGAGGAACACUUGAGGGAUGUGAAGAGACAAAGAGAGGAGGCAAGGACUAUGAAGGCUAACACAAAGCCAGUCAAAUUGAGCAAGAUUAUCAAGCAGGUCUUAGACUGGAUGAUAGACAGUGUUGUCAUGUUGACACACUGUAAGUUGUUUGUAAUAGCUCCAGAGCUUGAGUGUCAGUAUACAGCUAAGCUUAUGAGGAUGACUCAGAUGUAUGACAAAAUGCUAAACAAGGCCAGAAGUGGACCUGUGAAGGCAGAGGAGGAAGAGAUGAGUGAGGAAGCAAGGACUGACAGUACAAGUGUUGUACACAAGGACAACAAAGCACAGUCAAGCCCAGUAGCAGAGCUAAGAACAAGCAGAUUGUGUAGGAAAGUAGUAGAUUAUGUUGGAUUGAAGCAGAGCAGAGGAGCAAGUAUGGUAAACAAGGCCAGAAGUGUACUAGCAAGGACAAGGGAGAAUACAAGGGAGUGUUGGAUAGGCACCCCAGUCAGUAACAACAAGGCUGGAAGUAUACUAGUCAGGCUAGUAACAGUAAAGCUGAACAACAAAUUGGAGACUAAGAGCUUACUGGACCAGGGAGCUGUUAUGAACAUAAUGUGUAAAGACGUUUGGAAACACUUAGGAGUACCAAAGGAGCAAGUGUGGACAAACCUCAGGCCAGCAAAUACAGGAUCAAUUGUGAUUGAAGGUGUCAUUCUGAGACUCAAGGUGUUAGUAGGUGGAAUAUUAAUAGUAAUACUAGUUCAUAUAGUAAAGGACACAAUGUUCAACAUGAUAAUCAGGAGGCUGUUCUUUGCAUUAACUGAGUGCAAGACAAAGGAUUUCAAGAACAGUAAUCAGAUUUUGACCUUGAUAGACCUAGCAGAUCAGAACCAGAAGUGUCAGGUUGAGACCUGAGCAGCUGUUGGAUGAAACCUACUACUCACUACUACUACCAUCUAUGUUAGAGUUGGAGAGGAUUGGUCUGGCAAGCCUUUGGCCUUGGUACAGGUUACAUUCUCUUUACUCUAACAUUCCCUUAUACCCCUUUCUUUUAUAGACACUCAUUCUUACUUGAGACUCACACUCUUUGUUUCUUUAUCUUACUUUGAUUGAUACCUUUUAUCCUUACCCACACUCCUUAUGCUUACCCUUUAUUAUUGCUUCUUAAAGCAAGUGACUGAGGACAGUCACUAUUUAAAGCUUGGGGAGGUGAAGAGUUCUGAUUUUGGUUACUAUCAGAUCUUCUUGAUUUUAUUUAAUUCUUUGGAUUACAUAAUCACUUUCUUUAUAUAGUUAGUUCUUUCCUAUUUGGAAUGGAAGGGGGAGUUUUGACCAGAGCCCACAACGACACUAGAGGGAACAAGCCCACCAAAACCUUGCCUCUCA